AUGGAGGACGGCCAAGAAAGAUUGCUGGCAACAAACAGCGGGCAGCGCUCGCAGCUUCCAACCGAUGCACUUAUUUUGCAAAUUCUCGAGCAAUUGAAACAGCAACAACUCGUGACAAAUCAACUCCUCCACCAGCAGUACGAGUCCCAAGAACAGCAACGAGCUUUCAUCCGGCAGCAGGGAGAUGCACUCCGGAAUAUUCAAGUACCGACUAACCCAGAAACCAUCCUGGAUUCAUUAGCGGCCAACGUGAAGGAAUUUCGGUAUGAUGUGGAGAGUAACAUAACCUUUGCUGCUUGGUUCACCCGUUACGAGGAUCUAUUCGCAAGCGACGCUACCCGCCUUGAUGAUCCAGCAAAAGUGAGACUGUUAAUCCGUAAACUCGGUCUCGCUGAGCACGAACGCUAUUUGAGCUUCAUCCUACCGAAAACUCCGAAGGACUUCACCUUCGAUGAAACAGUUACCAAGCUAACAGGUUUGUUCGGUACAUGUGAAUCAUUAGUCAGUAGACGGUAUCGUUGCCUGCAGGUUACCAAAGGACCGACUGAAGACUUCGUGACGUACUCCUGCCGUGUAAAUAAAAGCUGCGUUGAGUUCGAGUUGGGUAAAUUAUCGGAGGAAGAAUUUAAGUCGCUUAUCUACGUUUGCGGUCUGAAAUCCGAAGCUGAUGCUGAAAUAAGGACCCGACUACUGACGAAGAUAGAGGAUAGAACGAGUGUCACCCUAGAGCACCUAUCAUCCGAAUGCAAGCGGCUGAUGAACCUCCGACACGAUACCGCUAUGAUAGAAAAUACGGCGAAUGCGGUCAACGUCAUCAAAAAGCAGCAACCUUUUCGAAAGCGGCAACAAUAUAGCGGGGAAAGAACGCCGAAAUCAGAGGUCAACCGAAAUGCUUCGCAUAGCAGAGACAAGCGCGAACCAGCGAGUCCCUGCUGGAAUUGUGGCAUGAUGCAUUAUGCUCGUGACUGCAGUUUCAAGAAACAUCGAUGUUCGGAAUGCAACAGGUUCGGGCAUAAAGAAGGUUACUGUUCCACUUCGCACAAGUCCCGCCGUAGGCAAUUCAGACGCAAAUCAAACAGCAUUACAGUGUCUACCAAAAUUGUCUCCGCCUCUGUAAAUACAGUGCAGCAUCGAAGAAAGUUUUUGUCAGUUCAGUUAAACGGCGUCCCAGUUCGUCUACAAUUUGAUACAGCUAGUGAUAUUUCCAUCGUUUCUGCAGAAACAUGGUGUCGACUUGGCAAGCCAGCUACAAGACCACCGUCAGUGCAGGCCAGAGCAGCAUCCGGCGACCCCCUUUCGUUAAUUUCGGAGUUUGACUGUUCCAUCAACGUGAAUGGUAUUGUACAGACUGGCACCGUCUUUGUAGUUGCGCAAAACUUGCAUAUCAUGGGACUGGAUCUAAUAGAAGCGUUUCAGCUCGACUCGGUCCCUAUGAAAGCGUUUUGUCAGCAAAUUGAUUCGAGUACGGUGGUUGACAAGUUAAAAGCAGAUUUUCCGGAAGUUUUUAGUACCACUCUGAGGAAGUGCAGUAAGGCGACAGUAAAGCUGGAACUCAAGCCGGGGCAGAAACCAGUUUUUCGACCGAAAUGCCAGGUGGCUUAUGCAACCUACCGUGCUGUAGACGACGAAUUGGAUCGUCUCGAACGCAUGAAAAUCAUCACGCCGGUGGACUACUCCGAAUGGGCCGCACCAAUUGUGGUCGUUCGGAAAGCGAAUGGGAACAUUCGGAUUUGCGGUGAUUAUUCCACGGGAUUGAAUGACGCACUUCAGCCGCAUCAAUACCCUCUACCGUUACCACAGGAUAUAUUCGUAAAGCUGGCAAAUUGUAAGUUAUUCAGUAUCAUCGACAUGUCAGAGUCUUACCUGCAGGUUGGUGUCGAUGACGCCACGAGUAUGCUACUCUCUAUCAACACCCACCGUGGCAUUUACAAAGUCAACCGUUUAGCACCUGGCGUAAAAGCAGCUCCCGGGGCAUUUCAACAACUGGUUGACACUAUGUUGGCUGGACUCAAGCACACCUGCGGCUACAUCGACGAUAUUGUCGUCGGUGGAGAAAAUGAGGAGGAACAUUGGCAUAACCUCAAAGCUCUUUUUCAACGGUUGAAGGAAUUCGGCUUCACCAUCCGUUUGGAAAAAUGUUCAUUCCAACGACAGCAGAUCAAGUAUUUGGGACAUUUGCUUGACCACCAUGGAAUUCGACCAGAUCCAGCCAAAAUAGAAGCAAUUAAGCUUAUGCCAGCGCCAACAACCGUAUCGGAAGUUAGAUCCUUUUUAGGGGCUAUUAAUUUUUAUGAUGCCACUUCGGUGGGCCUAGGCGCAACCAUCAGUCAUCGCUUUCCAGACGGGUCACUGAAGGUCAUCCAACAUGCUUCCAGAGCAUUGGCGCCAGCGGAACGCAACUAUAGUCAACCGGAUAGAGAAGGAUUGGCCAUUAUCUUCGCGGUUACUAAAUUCCACCGCGUGAUAUUUGGUCGCAAGUUCCGGCUUCAGACCGAUCAUGCACCUCUGCUGCGAAUCUUCGGUUCAAAAAAGGGAAUCCCUGUAUACACUGCCAAUCGUUUACAACGAUGGGCCCUCACGUUUUUAAUGUACGAUUUUGUAAUCGAGUAUGUGUCGACAGAUAAAUUCGGUCAUGCAGACAUUCUUUCUCGGCUAAUCAAUCACCAUGCCAGACCUGAGGAAGAUUACGUGAUAGCAGCUGUUACACUUGAAAACGAUAUCAACUCAGUGGCGUUUGAUUCGUUCACCAUCCUUCCUCUCAAUUUUAAGGAAGUACUGCAAAGUACUCGAACGGACCCGAUUCUUAGCAAAGUGUACAAGUUCGUUCAAGAAGGUUGGCCAAAAUUCUUGUCCAGCAGUGCUGAUCGUGAGUUGGCAAAAUUUUUCCACCAGCGUGAAUCAUUAACAACAGUGCAAGGAUGUAUACUUUAUGGUGAGCGGCUGCAACUACGGUGCAACUACGGAAACGAUGUCUCACCCAGCUUCAUCAAGGUCAUCCUGGAUUCCAGCGGAUGA